AUGGCGCAUGCAGCCGUCAGGGCCAGUGCUGCCAUGAGCAGUGCCUGGGUGGCUGCUCGGAGCCAGGGAACGCCACCAGCUGUGUGGCCUGCAGGAACCUCCAGCAUGGAAACAUCUGCAUGGACAAAUGCCCUCCUGGAUACUACGUUUUCCAAGGCUGGCGCUGUGUCAGCUUCUCUUUCUGCCAGGCUGACCUGUGAACCUUGUGCGGGCCCCUGUCCUAAAGCAUGCCAGGGAAAUAAAACGAUUGACUCUGUAACUUCGGCCCAGGUGCUAAGAGGAUGCACUGUCAUCGAGGGCAACAUGGUCAUCAAGAUCCGAGGAGGAACGAACAUAGCGGCCGAGCUGGAGGCCAGCCUUGGACAGAUCGAGGUCAUCAAAGGUUACCUGAGUAUUCGCAGAGCCUACGCGUUGGUCUCCCUCUCCUUCCUGCGAAAGCUACAUACCAUUAAGGGAGAGCAGCUUGAAGCAGAUAGCUACGCCUUUUACGCGCUUGACAACCAGAACCUCCGCCAGCUGUGGGAUUGGUCCAAGCACAACCUGACGAUCGAGCGAGGCCGCACGUUCUUCCACUUCAACUCUAAGCUCUGCAUGUCGGAAAUCAGAAAGCUGGAGGAGGUGACAGGAACCAAGGAGCGCAACCAGAAGAACGACAUCGCAGCUCGCACCAACGGAGACCAGGCCUCCUGUGAGAUGCAGCUGCUGAACUUCACGUCUGUCAAGGUGAGGGCCAACAUGAUCAUCCUGAAGUGGAAUUCGUUUUGGCCGUCGGACUACAGAGACCUGCUGGGAUUUAUGGUUCUCUACAAAGAGGCCCCGUACAAGAAUGUGACGGAGUUCGACGGACAGGAUGCGUGCGGCUCAAACAGCUGGGUGAUUGCUGACGUCGACCCGCCGCCCCGCGCCAACCAGGAAGAUCCAGGCUACCUCAUCCGGUCGUUGAAACCCUGGACCCAGUACGCCAUCAUGGUGAGAACCCAGCUGUCUGCGUCCGACGAGCAUCAGGUUCACGGAGCCAAGAGUAACAUCAUGUAUGUUCGCACGGACGCCUCAAAGCCCUCUGGACCUCUGGACCCCAUCUCAUCCUCGAACUCCUCAUCUCAGAUCAUCUUGAAGUGGAAGCCUCCCACCAGCCCCAACGGCAACAUCACCCACUACCGGGUCAUCUGUCACAAGCAGGAGGAGGACAGUGACCUCUACAAGUUUGACUACUGCCUGCAAGGAAUGAAGCUGCCGUCCCGCACCCCGACCCACCUCGACAGCGAAGACGAGCAGAAGUGGAACCGAACAGAGGAGCCCAACUCGGGGGGCGGGUGCUGCACUUGCCCAAAGACGAAAAUGGAGCUCGAGAAGCAGCAGAAGGAGAUAGCGUACCGCAAGACCUUUGAGGAUUACCUCCAUAAUGUCGUGUUUGAGAGCAAACAAAGUCGUCCACGACGCUCUGUGGAGAAUCCUGAGCCCGUCGAGUCCACGCACUUUUACUCCACAAUGUCCAGUCUGCAGACCACCACUGCCUCGUACAAGGAAGAAGAGAAGGACGAUAAGGUGGUGGAAAAUGUGUUUGGAAGGGAGUCAACGGUCAUAUCCAACCUGCAGCACUUCACCAGCUAUAAGAUAGAGAUCAUAGCCUGCAACCAUCCCACUGAGCCCAACCGCUGCAGCAUGGCCACCUACGUCAGCGCCCGGACCAUGCCGGAGUUAAAAGCAGACGACAUCCCGGGCCCGGUGACCCAUGAGAUUGUGAACGAAGAACCUCCCCAUGUGCUUGUGAAGUGGCACGAGCCUCCAUCGCCUAACGGCCUCAUCAUCCUUUAUGAGGUGUUCUACCGCAAGGUUGGAGACACGGAGCCCCACUCAAUUUGCGUGUCACGGCUGAGCUACGAGAAGUUCGGUGGCACAAAGCUCACCCUGCUGCAGCCUGGGAACUACAGCGUGGUCGUCCGGGCUACGUCGUUGGCUGGAAACGGAUCUUUUACAGAAACCACAUACUUCUUCAUGCCCAGCCCUGAUUCAGGUAUAGCUUUGAUUGUUUCCGCUCCGAUCGUCUCCUCCAUCUUGCUGUUGCUCGUGGGAGUCAUCGCCUUUUUUGCCUUCAAGAAAAGGCAAACUGAAGGUCCAUUAGGAGAUCUCAUCACCUCACCAAAUCCUGAAUAUUUCAGCGCCAAUGACAUGUAUGUUCCCGAUGAAUGGGAGGUUCCCCGGGAAAAGAUCACGCUGCUCCGGGAGCUGGGUCAGGGCUCCUUCGGCAUGGUGUACGAGGGAAUCGCUCAGGACAUCGUCAAAGGAGAACCGGAGACGCGCGUCGCCGUCAAAACUGUCAACGAAUCGGCCAGCCUGAGGGAGAGGAUCGAGUUCCUGAACGAAGCGUCGGUCAUGAAGGCCUUCAACUGUCACCACGUGGUUCGUCUGCUUGGAGUGGUGUCCAAAGGUCAGCCCACACUGGUGGUGAUGGAGCUGAUGACUCAUGGUGACCUGAAGAGCUACCUGCGGAGUCUGAGGCCAGACUCUGAGAACAACCCGUCGGGCUCCCCGCCGCCCACUCUGAAAGACAUGCUCCAGAUGGCAGCAGAGAUCGCAGACGGCAUGGCCUACCUCAACGCCAAGAAGUUUGUGCACAGAGACCUGGCGGCCAGGAACUGCAUGGUGGCGGAGGACUUCACCGUCAAGAUCGGAGACUUCGGAAUGACGCGGGACAUUUACGAGACAGACUACUACCGCAAAGGAGGAAAGGGCCUGCUUCCUGUCCGGUGGAUGGCUCCGGAGUCUCUGAAAGACGGCGUGUUCACCGGCCACUCCGACUGCUGGUCGUUUGGGGUCGUGCUGUGGGAAAUCAGCACGCUAGCAGAGCAGCCUUACCAGGGCUUGUCCAAUGAGCAGGUCCUGAAGUUUGUGAUGGACGGAGGGUUCCUGGACCGACCCGACAACUGCCCCGAGAGGAUGCACAGCCUGAUGCAGAUGUGCUGGCAGUACAACCCCAAGAUGCGGCCGACGUUCCUGGAGAUCAUCGAGAUGCUGCGGGACGACCUUCACCCGACCUUCCAGGAGGUCUCCUUCUUCUACAGCGAGGAGAACAAAGUCCCCGAGACGGAGGACUUCGACCUGGACCUGGACAACAUGGAGAGCAUCCCCCUGGACCCGUCGUCUUAUUCCCAGAGGGAGGAGAGCUUAAGCAGAGACAGCGGGCCCUCGGUGGCCCUCAGGGGGAACUACGAGGAGCAUGUCCCCUACACACACAUGAACGGUGGCAAGAAAAACGGGAGAAUCCUGUCGUUGCCCAGAUCGAGUCCUUCCUAACACCUCCUGCCCCCCGAAAAGACUUAGCAACACUUCCCUCGCCCCCACACCUCCCGUCUUUCAGUCCAUUUUUCUGUACCCUGCAACCAUUUUCUAACGAUUUUCUUACUCUUAGAGAAACUCUUCAACAAAAAAAAAAACGACAAAGAAAAAAAAAAAAAGACACGGAUCUCAGGACUUUGAAUUUUCUUCCUCACGGCUGCCAAACCAAGGCAAGCAAGGGA